GCGCUUGCGCCAAGCAGCGAGGCACGCCAACGUGCGAAUCCGCGCCUGCCAAUUAGAGCGCACAAUGGUCCUUGAUGCCCGCCCGCUAACCUCUGCAGCCAAUCGCCUGCCCCGGCGCGAAGUCGACUGUGACUUCAAAGUAAUCUUAGGGAUUGUGGGAAGGCAGCUGAACUCGGCGCCUGGAAAGAUGAAGGCAGCGGAGACAGAGGCGGAAGCUGCAGCCCUAGAGGUCCUGGCUGAGGUGGCAGGCAUCCUGGAACCUGUAGGCCUGCAGGAGGAGGCAGAACUGCCAGCCAAGAUCCUGGUUGAGUUUGUGGUGGACUCUCAGAAGAAAGACAAGCUGCUCUGCAGCCAGCUUCAGGUAGCGGAUUUCCUGCAGAACAUCCUGGCUCAGGAGGACACUGCUAAGGGUCUCGACCCCUUGGCUUCUGAAGACACGAGCCGACAGAAGGCAAUUGCAGCUAAGGAACAAUGGAAAGAGCUGAAGGCCACCUACAGGGAGCACGUAGAGGCCAUCAAAAUUGGCCUCACCAAGGCCCUGACUCAGAUGGAGGAAGCCCAGAGGAAACGGACACAACUCCAGGAAGCCUUUGAGCAGCUCCAGGCCAAGAAACAAAUGGCCAUGGAGAAACGCAGAGCAGUCCAGAACCAGUGGCAGCUACAACAGGAGAAGCAUCUGCAGCAUCUGGCGGAGGUUUCUGCAGAGGUGAGGGAGCGUAAGACAGGGACUCAGCAGGAGCUUGAGGGGGUGUUUCAGAAACUUGGAAACCUGAAGCAGCAGGCAGAACAGGAGCGGGAGAAGCUGCAGAGGUAUCAGACCUUCCUCCAGCUUCUGUAUACCCUGCAGGGUAAGCUGUUGUUCCCUGAGGCUGAGGCUGAGGCUGAGGCAGAGAAUCUUCCAGAUGAUAAACCCCAGCAGCCGACUCGACCCCAGGAGCAGAGUACAGGAGACACCAUGGGGAGAGACCCUGGUGUGUCCUUCAAGGCUGUCGGUCUACAACCUGCUGGAGAUGCAAAUUUGCCAUGACUUCCUGGAAGACAGCAGCAUGGAGAAAGAUCCUAGAAAAGGCCUCUGACUUCCCUCACCUCCCAACCAUCAUUACAGGAAAGACUGUGAACUCCUGAGUUCAGCUUGAUUUCUGACUACAUCCCAGCAAGCUCUGGCAUCUGUGGAUUAAAAUCCCUGGAUCUCUCUCAGUUGUGUAUUUGUUCAUCUUCAUAUGCUGGCAGGAACAACUAUUAAUACAGAUACUCAGAAGCCAAUAACAUGACAGGAGCUGGGACUGGUUUGAACACAGGGUGUGCAGAUGGGGAGGGGGUACUGGCCUUGGGCCUCAGGGGUUGCUUCCCCCUAUGAUGCAGACAUGGUGAAUUUAAUUCAAGGAGGAGGAGAAUGUUUUAGGCAGGUGGUUAUAUGUGGGAAGAUAAUUUAUUCACUAAUCCAAAUUUUAUUCAUGGAUCCAAAUGUUUGUUGAGUCCUUUCUUUGUGCUAAGGUUCUUGCGGUGAACCAGAAUUAUAACAGUGAGCUCAUCUGACUGUUUUAGGAUGUACAGCCUAGUGUUAACAUUCUUGGUAUCUUUUUGUGCCUUAUCUAAAACAUUUCUCAAUCACUGGUUUCAGAUGUUCAUUUAUUAUAUUCUUUUCAAAGAUUCAGAGGUUGGCUUUUGUCAUCCACUAUUGUAUGUUUUGUUUCACUGACCUCUAGUGAUACCUUGAUCUUUCCUACUUUCUGUUUUUGGAUGGAGAAGAUGUACCUUUUUUGCCAACUCUUACUUUUAUCAGAUGAUCAACUCAUGUAUUUGGAUCUUUAUUUGUUUUCUCAAAUAUUUAAGGUUAUACAUUUCUUCUGACUUCCUUUAUUUUCACAAUCAUUCAAUUCAUAGCAUUUCCUAUAUUCUGUUAUAAUUAUUUCAUUGAUUCAUAAAUUUCUUUGAAAAAUAAUUUGGUCUUCUAUUGAUUGUGAGAAGAUAAUCUAAGUUUAAUUUGGUUGGAGAAUAUCAUCUAUUUAACUUUGAAAUUUGGUGAGUGAAUUAUCUUUUUUACUGAUAAAGAGUGAUGUCAUCUUUUUUAAUGUUUGACAUAGGUUUGGAAAGAAUGCAUUUUAGAUUGUGUGUAGUAUUUUCUAUUAGAUUAUGUUUGCAAUUUUUGUUUCAAUUUAUAUCUUAUAUACUUAAUUUUUUGUUGUCUAUCACCUGAGAGGUGUGUUCAAAUCUCCAACUAUGAUAGUGGAUUUGUUCAUUUGUCUUUAUAGUUCCAUUUUCUUACAUACUUUGCAGCUACUUUAUUAAGGUAUAUGUGAAUUUACAUUUAUAUUUUUCUUCUGAACUGAACUCUUUGUGUGGUAGCCUGCUUCAUCUAUAGGCUAAUGUGUUUAACCUCGAAAACUAAUAGUUUUAAUAUUAAUAUAACUUUGUCAAUUCUUUUGGUUACCCUUUGCUUGACAUCCUUUCUCUUGAAUUUCCAUUCUUUUUUAGUUUCAACCUUUCUUUAUGUUUACCACUUGUAUACAGCAUUUAAAGGGUUAUUUAUAAAAAAAAAAAAAACUCUUGUCACAUUUGUCUUUAUGAUUUUCUAGUUGUGUCAAUUUUUUAUUUGCUUUCUCUUGGCUUUUUAUUUAUCCCUUUCAUGCCUUUUAAUUUUAUUUUUUAUUGUUUCUUCAUGCUUUUUGUUGUUUGUUUGUUUAGAAGGUCUAAUUUAGACCUGCUAGUUUAGCUUUCAUAGUUAGCAAUGUCUCAAGUUAAUUAAAGAAUUAAAGACUCUUCAUCCUUUUCUUAAUAAAUGAAGCCUAAACAGCUGUAACCAUUGAUAGAUCAUCCCACUCUAAACUAUUAAGGUAUUUUUGUCCAGUUUAUUACUUCUAGCCUGUUUGUGUUCUCAUAAAUUAAUUUUUUAAAUUAUUUUAUACAGUCAAUGCUUUAUUACUAAUUUAUUUACUAUUUUUGCCCACAUUAUUUUUACAUUUCAGAGCUUUCAUGUGGAAUACUUUUUCCAUCUGAAAUAAAUGUCUCAGAAUUUCCCUUAGAGUUUGCAGACUGUAUAAUGUUUUAAAUUUUACUAUGAAAAUAUUUUUAUUUUAUCCUUAUUCUUGAGAAAUGUUUUUAUUAUGUAGAGAAUGCUUGGUAGGCAGUUUGACUUAACACAUGGAAGAUUAACUCACUGAUUCUCUGGUCAUCUGAUUUUGAUCCUUGAUGGUGAGAAGUCAACUGUCAGUUUAAAAGCCCUUCCUAUGCAUUUUUUUACCCAGUUAGUGCUUAUAACACCUGUAUUUAGUGCUCUAUAGUUUUACUAUAUUGUGAAUAGUUUGGGACUCUGGUUUACUUAUUUAUUCAUUCAUUCUGCUUGCAAAUAAUUGAGCUUUCUAAAUUGCCACUCUUUCAACAAUUCUGGAAUAUUUUCAGUUUAUCUGUUUAAAAAACACUCUUACCUCUUUUGUAUUAGCUUAUUCUAAAAUGCCAAUUAGACAUCAAUCAAAUUUUCUAACUUUUUUCUUCAUGUCAUGCAAACUUUCUUUUGUAGUUACCGUUGCUCUUUCUCUUGAGAUUGCAUUCUAGAUGCUUUUUCUAUUUUAACUUUAUAUAGCCAAGCUAUUGUUUUUUCAUCAGUUUCUUAAUUUUUGAUCUUUGAUUUUCAUUUCAAUAAGUUGUAUUAGAUCUCAAUUUACUACUGCUUUUGAAUAUUUUCUUCUGGCUUACAUUUUGAGCUUUUUAAUUUUUUUUUUUAAUUCUUGAUGUAUUUGACUACAUAGUAGGUAUACAUACGAGCUUAUUUUUUAUUAUCUUAAUAUAUGGACACUUCAUUAUCUUUUUUGGAAAGGUUCAUAAUAUAUAACUUUAUUGGCCUAUCUCUCAUACUCCCUGCUUAAUGUAGUUCAUGUAGUUUUACUUUGAGCCGCCUAUUUUUCCUAAAUUUUACCGUUAUGGCCUGAUACAAAAUUGAGAGAAUUUGUGUUAACUUCUGUCAAUAGCUUGUGGGCAUUACCUGUAUAACUCUUAGAAAUGUUAAAAUGAGUGUUUUUAAUGUUUUUUAUAUUUGUGUGCUAUCCCAUUUUUCAUUCCUGUUGUUUAUUUUCUUUCUUAUUAGUAUUUCCCAAAGGCUUUUUUUCUACUUUAUAUGUCUUUCAAAAACACAGGUAUUGGCAUUAUUUUCUUUAAUGUUGCUUUUAAUACAUUCUUUUAAUUAUUUUUUGUCUUUAUUAUUCCCUUCUGCUCUAAUUUUUAAUAUUUGUAGGAUUUUUAAAAAUUAAUAUUUGAUAAUACAUAUGUUCUUUCUUAUAGUCCAACAAACGCAUUUACAUAUUUACAUUUUUAUUUGACCACCACUCUGAGAAUAAUUCAUAUAUUUUAAUACAUAGGCUAUUGAUUAUUUCUAAAUAGAUUAUAAUUUUAGUAUUGAUUUUAUUUUAAAUCAAGGAGGUUUCCUUUGUUGCCCUUGCCUCUCAAAUGUAUUUGUAAUAGUGUUUAGUUCCUCAAUGGAUUUAAGAUAAUUUUCUGUUAUUUUUAAUGCACCAAAUUUUGUAAUCUUACUGUUACUUCUUUUAUUCCAUUUGCUUCAAAUGGUAUCACACCUCUGAAUAUUGUUCCUUAAAAUUUAUUAGUUACAUAUAGGCUUAUGUAUAUGCAUAGUCAUUAUAUAUGUUCUUACAGGGAAGAGAUUUUAUCAUUUUUGUUCAUCACUAAACCCACAAGUUCAAGAAAAAUCCUGAUAGAGGGUAGAUCCACAAACAUUGGUGAAAAUGUAAAUGGUUGCCAAAAAUGAAAAAGGAACACAAUGCAUAAGGAGGUAUUCCAAAUUUUUAAGUGUGUCUUGGAAGUUUGUGUGAGAUUUCACAGAGGUAACACCCCCAAAAAAUUUUACCUCUAUAUUAUGACUUCUUUUGCAUCUACUUUUUCCAAAAUGUUAUUUUUUUCUAACAGAGUUCUAAACAUUGAAAAUCAUUUAACACAUUGCAUUCAGUAUUUCUGAUCAUUUUUAUCUAACCGGUUGCUAGGAUCAGUUUCUAAAAAACAGCAUGAGAGAGAUAAAACUCGUUCAAAGUACCCUCCUAAAAUUAUUAAGAUCUUCUAAAUUUAUGUGACUUAUUCUAUCAGGUAAAUAUUCUUAUUAUCUCAGAUAGUGUUGGCAAAGCUAAUACUGCACAUUCUGUCUGUACAGUUUCGAAAUUUAUAAAACUAAGGUUUCAUUUCUAAUACUCUCCCCUGCCAUAACAAGAUGGGCAUUUUCCGCUGCUUUUUAACUCUUAUAGUGCUAAACUUGUACUUUUUGCAGCAGUGGUGAUCAGUGAGGGUUUUGAAUAUCUCUAAAAAUAAAUGGCUUUCUUCCCUGUGCUACCAGUACAUCAUACAAUACUAGGCGUAUAUAUUUUAUUGAAGUAUUGUUUUUAUGAGCUUGUUUUUCCAAAAGGGAAUAAAAUAUCUACAAAGCGUGUUAGUGAUAACAUCUGAGAAGUUUCUGCUAACUCUGAAAAUGCCGUAACUAUUUACACACAAUGUUAAUUUUCUCCUAUUUUAGAGCCUUUCUGAGGUUAAUACACCUCAUUCUUGUCUUACAGAAUUUCUAUAACUUGUAUUGAAUGUUUAUGUCUCUUCUUUGAGCCUCUUUCUCUCUUUUAUGUACAAGUUCUGAGAUAUGAAUAGAAUGUGAAAUUAAAUAAUUUUAUUUCAUUA